GUUUCGCUUUUCUUCUUCAACCACUGUGCGCACCUCCCAUCCUUCCCCCACCCCGUCUCUCUCUCUCUCUCUUCCGUACGUCGUCUCAUUGAUUGCGAGCAUCCACCGCCAUCGGAGCCAUUACUACUUCAGCUCGCCGCCGCCGCCGCCGCCGCCGCCGUCGCCGUCUUCUUCGCCCUCCUAUUUUUGACUACGCCGCCGGUCCGUCCGGCACGAGCCGCGGCGAUCCCGGCGCUUUUGCACGCGGCGGGUUCCUAUCCCGAGGACCGCGCGAUGGCGUCAUCGAGCUGGGAAUAGGGUUUCCGAGACGCUCUCCGGUGGGAUCCGCAGCGAGUCAGAGAUCUGGAUCAGAUGGCAGGAAGUUGCGAUGGAAGCCAUGAUACUGGCAGCCAGUCAGAUGAAAGCCAUCAGUUUGACAGACUGCAUAUUGAGCCCCUCUAUGAUGCAUUCAUAUGCCCUUUGACAAAACAAGUCAUGCGUGAUCCUGUGACGUUAGAGAAUGGACAAACUUUUGAACGUGAGGCCAUCGAGAAUUGGUUUAAAGAAUGCAGAGAGAACGGAAGAAAGUUGGUUUGCCCACUUACACAAAAGGAAUUGAGAAGCACAGAGCUUAAACCUAGUAUAGCUUUGAGGAACACAAUUGAGGAAUGGACUGCUAGAAAUGAAACUGCUCAACUUGAUAUGGCACGCAGGUCAUUAAAUUUGGGUAGUUCAGAAAGUGACAUUGUGCAGGCGCUAAAGUAUAUUCAGCACAUUUGUCAAAAAAGCCGAAUAAACAAGCAUGUAGUGCGCAAUGCAGCUCUCGUACCUAUGAUUGUUGAAUUGUUGAAGGGUGGUAGUCGUCGAGUCCGGUGCAAAGCUCUUGAUACCCUUCGAAUUGCGGUGGAGGAAGAUGAAGAUGUUAAGGAAAUAAUUGCUGAGGGGGACACUGUUCGCACAAUAGUUAAAUUCUUGUCUCAUGAGCAGUCUAAGGAGAGGGAAGAAGCUGUUUCUUUGCUGUAUGAGCUCUCCAAAUCCGAGUCCUUGUGUGAAAAGAUUGGCUCAGUAAAUGGGGCUAUCCUCAUUUUGGUUGGAAUGUCUAGCAGCAAAUCGGAAAAUGUUUUGACUGUUGAGAAGGCUGAGAAGACGCUAGAGAAUCUGGAGAGUUGCGAGAACAAUGUGCGGCAGAUGGCUGAGAAUGGUAGACUGCAGCCUCUUCUGACAAAACUGCUUGAAGGGUCUCAAGAGACUAAACUUUCCAUGGCUAGUUUUCUUGGUGAGCUGGCUCUUAACAAUGAUGUCAAGGUCCUUGUAGCUAGAAGGGUGGGCUCUGCACUGAUCAAUUUAAUGAAAAGCGGCAGCAUUCAGUCAAGAGAAGCUGCUUUAAAAGCUCUAAACCAGAUUUCCUGUGAAGCAAGUGCCAAAGUGUUGGUAGAUGCUGAUAUUCUUCCUCCUCUUGUCAAAGAUCUCUUCACUGUCGGUGCAAAUCAACUUCCAAUGCGCUUGAAAGAGGUGUCUGCAACAAUUCUCGCCCACAUUGUCAACUCAGGCAUUGAUUUUGAUGGCAUACCUGUGGGAUCAGACCAUCGGACUUUAGUCUCAGAAGACAUAAUCCAUAAUCUGCUCCACCUUAUUAGCAAUACUGGUCCGGCAAUUGAGUGUAAGCUUCUUCAGGUUCUUGUUGGGCUCGCCAUUUCUCCUGCUACUGUUCUGAGUGUCGUAGCUGCCAUCAAAAGCUCUGGUGCUAUUAUCAGUUUGGUUCAGUUUAUUGAGGCUCCGCAGAGAGAUUUGCGUCUAGCUUCUGUUAAACUUCUGCAGCACCUUUCCCCGCAUAUGGACCAGGAGUUAGCAGAUGCCCUUCGUGGCACAGUUGGCCAGCUUGGGAGCUUAAUGAGAGUAGUUACAGAAAAUAUAGGCAUAACUGAAGAGCAAGCAGCAGCUGCUGGACUUUUAGCUGAGCUCCCAGAGAGGGAUUUGGGCCUCACACGGCAGAUGCUAGACGAUGGUGCCUUUCAGCAGAUCAUUUACAGAGUGCGAAGGAUACGACAGGGAGAGACAAGAGGCAUCCGCUUUGUGACACCCUAUCAAGAAGGGCUUGUUCGAAUCCUAGCAAGGAUCACUUUUAUUCUACCUGAUGAACCGGGCGCCAUUCAACUCUGCCGCGAGCACAAUGUUGCCGCACUGUUCAUUGAAUUGCUUCAGUCCAAUGGACUUGACAAUGUACAGGUGGUUUCUGCCAUGGCCUUGGAGAACUUGUCUAGAGAAUCCCGAAACUUAACAAGGUUGCCAGAAUUGCCCCCACCAGGAUUUUGUUCUUCAAUCUUUCCAUGUUUUAGUAAACAGCCUGUCAUAACAGGAUUGUGUCGGCUUCACCGAGGAACAUGUUCGCUGAGAGAAACAUUUUGUCUUUAUGAAGGACAAGCUGUAGAGAAAUUGGUGGCGCUUUUAGACCACACGAAUGAGAAAGUGGUCGAGGCAGCACUGGCAGCAAUAUCCACAUUGUUAGAGGAUGGGGUUGAUAUUGAGCAAGGGGUUACCAUCUUGUGCGAGGUGGAAGGAAUUAAACCUAUUUUAAAUGUGUUAAUGGAGAAAAGAACAGAUAGCCUGAGGAGAUGGGCCGUUUGGGCAGUUGAGAGGCUCUUACGGACUGAGGAUAUCGCAUACGAAGUAUCUGGCGAUCUUAAUGUGAGUACAGCACUAGUUGAUGCUUUCCAACAUGCUGAUUACCGAACAAGGCAGAUUGCUGAGAGGGCCUUGAAGCAUGUCGACAAGAUACCCAACUUCUCAGGAAUCUUCCCGAACAUGGGAUAGGCCUAUUUAGAUACUUCCCAUGAGAUCAACACUCUCCAACCUUUUAUGUAAAUUCCUUUGCUGCCUUUCAAUUUUGAGGUCCAGUGUAUUGGUUGUGAUCGUUACUCGUUAGUAUAUGGCAGUGUUAUACAGAAUUCUUUGAGGGUUUUUAGAUCUUUCCUUUCGUCUUUUAUAUUGCCACUUCUGUCGAUCCUCUGUUUUCUCACAUGACCUGCAUUUGUUGUAUCAACAUAAUGUCAAUGUUUUAUAUAUAUGAUUUGACUUUGGAGAUUAA